AUGCGUACGUGCGCAUACGACUCACACAGCGGUCAGAUUCUCGUCGUGACCGUGGGACUGCCGGGCCGCGGUAAGACCCAUCUGGCGCAUGCGAUCCAGCGGUAUCUGCGCUGGAUGGGCGUCAAGUGCCAGGUGUACAACCUAGCUAACACGCGCCGCGAGAUCUUAGGGCGCAUCGAUCAGUUACCGCAAGACUACUUUGGCGAGCGUCGGAACAACGACACGGUGCAGCUGCAUCAGCAGGUGACGGAAAGACUUGAGGCGCAGAUCGAGGGCUUUUUCGAGCAUGGCGGGCAGGUGGCUGUGUAUGACGCCUACAAUAGCAACCAGGAGCGGCGGACGGCCGUGCAGCGGCGCUUUGAGGCCAUGAAUGUACAGCUCAUGUUCAUCGAAUGUCAAUGUGAUGACGAGGAAAUGAUUGAGCGCAACAUCCGGUCCAUGCACACUUUCAACCCCGACUUUGAAGGUUGGGACUUGGACAAAGUGUUCCAGCACUUGCGCGAGCGUAUCGCGCAGCAUGAGAUUCUCUACGAGCCGAUCACAGACCGCUCGUGCCCCCAUGUGCAGCUGCUGAACCUGGGUCAACGCAUAGUCGUGAACCAUGUGCAUGGCUACCUCCAGAAUCGUAUCGUUCUGUUCCUUAUGAAUAUGCACAGCCGCGAGAGAAUGUACGUGUCUGCGACUGACGCCAGCAUCUACUUUGCCCGGGCAGGCGAAGCGCUCGUCGAGCACCUGUACAAGGCCGACGCCGACUUGUCGUCGCUGGGCGUGACAUACGCAGAACGACUGUGCCAGCUAGUGAUGAGUCUGCGCCAACACCCCGACAAGACGAGAAGCAGCGACAUGUCGCUGUCGCAGGAACACAGCGUGUCGUAUAUCGCGCCAAAUGGCGAGCAAGUAAAACCGCUACAGGCCAUCGACACCUCACACCACGAGCUGCAAGUAUGGUGCUCUACACGCAAACGCUCCGAGCGCACUGCAGCACCAUUCCGCGAGCACGGAGUGCGGGUAGUUGAGCUAUCCCGCUUGUGCGAGAUGAACCCGGGCAUUGUUGACGGCAUGAGCGAUGAAGAGAUCCUCGCGCGUUUUCCUCGCCAUCGCGAGGAGCGUGACAAAGACCCGUACGGCUUCCGCUUCCCCCGCGCUGAGAGCUACCACGACCUGGCCAUCCGCCUCGAGCCGGUGAUCAUGGAGCUCGAGCGUGUCAAGGAAGAUGUGCUGAUCAUUGCACAGUCAUCUGUGCUCCGCUGCCUCAUUGCCUACCUGCAGGGGAACAAGCCACAUGAGAUCCCCUUCAUUCAGGUCCGCGAGGGCGACCUAGUCGAAAUCUAUCCCCAGGCAUUCGGCAUCGCAACGCGUGUUUACUCAUUCUGGGACCCCGAGAAAGAGCGCGAAAGGCGCGAUAGCCAGUUUGCCCGACAAGCUGCGCGGCAUUUGGCCAAGCGCCAGGCGGCCGCGUCGACUAGCGAGGCGGGCAGCAGCCCGGAAGAGCCUCGAUGA